CUUGUUUCCCUAUUUCAGUGCUAGUUUUGUUGUGCAAGCCGGUUCUCUGCCCAUUUGCUUGCUAUUUUGAGAGAGAAUCUUGUUGAUUUUCUAUUGAGCAACACAAUCCCUAGGAUGUGUGCAAUUUCUUAAAUCAAGCAAAAAGAUCCUCUCAAAGGGCGUCAAGAAGUAGUUGCUUUGCUAGAAAAGAUGCUACAGUGGAGAAUUUCCUGUCUCUGUCGUAGUGUCAUACGUUAAUCUUCCUUCAUUUGGUGAUAGAAUAGGCGUUUUGUCCCGCUUAAUUUGGUUGCUUCGUUCCAAAUAGAAAUGGAGGACAUGGGACUUUGGGACUAGGUUUAAGUGUUAAGGUGGUGCUGCCAUGGAGCAUAUAAUAGUAGGCAGGCAACAUAUGUAUGUGACCAUUUCACCUUUGCAUGUUUGGUUCUCAUGUCCCAACCCCACAAACGGCCACAAACCAAAGAAAUAGCAGGUAAGGAGAGGGUUCAAUUGGAUAGUUUGGAAGCUCGAAUCAACAAAAUAAAGAGUACAAGUGCCUGUUCAGACAGGGGCGGAUCCAGGCUCAUACUAGGGAUGUUGAGCCUCUUGUUAUUGGACAAGUUCAUGUUUUGUGAGUUAAAAUGAUGCAUUUUUUCUAAAUUUCCCUCUUUCUUCCUCGUGGGCUUCCUGGGCUGGGCCCGUGUUGCAACCUCGCAGCAUGGGCCUUGGAUCCGCAGAAUUUCUCUUUCGCGCUCACGCGCGCGCAGGCAAAGUAACGAAUGACCCUGUCCAACCGGCCCAUGGACUGUGCUUGAUCAGCCACGCGCAGGCAAAUAGAGACUGGAUAGAUAGAGACAGAAAAGAAACGCACAGAACACACUGAAGCUUCCACCAAAGUCAUCUGCUGCUUCGGAAUCGAAACCUCCUCCGCCUCGAUAAUUAGUCCAUUUGGGAUCGGAGGGAGUAACUCUAUUUCCCACGCCCUUCCCGUCCCCAUUCCCCCACACCCGGAAGAUCCCAACCCCAAGCCAAACCCCAUGGCGACGCGCGCAGCUCCGGUCAUCGCCUGCUUCGCCGUGUUCGUGUCGAUCGUCGCCGUCCAAGUUCCAUCCUUCCUCGACCAGUCGGCUGCCACCGCGACAACCGCUGAAGCUUGCCCCCUUGACGGCGCUGUACUCCAAGUCAUGCUGCCGUUGGCCGCGAUGGAUGCCCUGUUCACCGCCGUGGCGUUCAUCUACGGCCACCACCUGCACCAUGCCGCUGACGCCGGCAACAGGCGCCUCACGGGGGUCUUCACCUUCAUCGCAUGCGCGUCUGUAGGCCUCCUCCAGUUCUUCUUGUUCGUCCAGCAGCCUUCACGCGGCGUGGACGGCGGCGCCCAAGCUCACGCGCUCCGUGUGGCUGCUGUCCAUGCGUUGCCUGCUGCGGCUGCUGUGACGACGUUCUUCCUGGGCGUGACGCUCAUCUACGUGCACGUCGGCAACGGCGGCGGAGGUGCUGGCAGCGGCGCGGUCGCCGGCAACGGACCGGUCCCGGAGCUCGCCGUGUGGGUCCUCACCAAGACAACACUCGGAGCUACACUCAUCUGCCUGAUGGCCAUCGUCCUUGCCCUCUAUAUCAAGUAACAAUUGGGGACUAAGCACGUUGCUUCAAUAUAUACCAUCUUGAUCGCACGCGGGGAUCGGAGAUAAGACUUGAUGCAGAUUUAGCCUUUAAACCUAGCUACAACAAGAGCAUGAUUGAUCACUCAUGCUUCUUUUGAGACUUGUAACUCUAUGGUAAUCGUGCUAUGUCCUGUGAUACUUCUUAUUGAUUAUACUAUUGUGAGAUUAAUGAUAACCAUGAGAUUGUGGGAGUAUA